AUGUUGUUCCUAUACGCUCUCUUCUUGUUCACGUGGUUUCAUCAUAGUACAGAACUACCCAUACAUCGUUCAAAACGAUCCUUCACAAAUUAUUGGGGCGCAACAGCAACCCCAGUAGAAAGAGCCAAAUCAUUAGACGAACUACCACGGGAUUGGGAUUGGUGUAAUGUCAAUGGUAAAUCGUUUUGUACAGCAUCGUGGAAUCAACAUAUCCCGAAGUACUGUGGUUCAUGUUAUUUACAUGGAACAUUAGCGGCAUUGAACGAUCGACUAAAAAUACAAUUUAACGGUUUACAGGAUAUAUUAUUAGGGAGACAAGUUUUUUUAAAUUGUGGUAAGGCACGUGGUCUGGGAAAUGGAUGUUAUGGUGGAAAGGCAUAUCAAGUUUUAGAAUACAUGUACAGAUACGGUUUACCCGAUGAGACAUGCCAGAAUUAUGUGGCGGAAUCAAGUCCGACGUGUAAUGAUGAAACUAUAUGUCAAAAUUGUUUACCCGUUGAGAAUGGCACACUUCGGUGCUGGCCAGUCAAAAAUCCCAUUCUGUUUUUUGUUCAAAGUUACGGGCAACUAUCCGGAGAGAUUCAAAUGAUGAGUGAAAUAUAUAAACGUGGACCAAUUUCAUGUGGAUUUUAUAGCACCCUAGAUUUUGAUUACAAUUACAAGUAUGGCGUUUAUACCGCAUCUACCGGAAUAAACAACACCUUAACAUCCAAGGAUUUAAAUCAUGUUGUCGAAGGUAGUUAUUGGGGUGAAAAUGGCUUUUUCCGCAUAAUUCGUGGUAUUAAUCAUUUGUUGUUUGAAUCUUCAUGUGUUUUCGGUCUAAUGAAUGCAGAUAAUCUUGGGCAAAAACGUUUGGCAUCACAAAAAAAAGUUAAAUAG